AUGUCGAAGCUUCCAGCUGCAGCUGCGGCUCGUGGCAUCAAAUUCGCUUAUGAAGGUAAGUUAUUUUAUUCUUGUUUUAGGUAUUCAAGAUGUAAAGGAAGUUAUUUUGAAUAAGUAGAAGCGUUUAUCUUGGGGCAGAUGAGCUUUGAAACUUGAUUUUGGCAAAAUUUUGGCAGUUUUUAAGCUUGUUUCUAAGAUAACCUUUUGUUAAAUCGUUUUUUGGGUACUUUUUUGGUUGGGAUAGAUGAAAUAAGGUAUUUAAAACCUUUUACAUAUAGGUUUUUAUGUCAUUUAUUUUAGAUUUAUUUUAAAAUUGAUAUUUUAGUUAUGUCUAGUCUUAAACGCAACUUUUUGUGAAGUUUUGUUUUAAUUUUGGUAAUUUUACAGAACUUUAACAUGCCGUCAGUUACUUUACAACAUUUCUAGGUUUAGUAAAGCAUAUUUUAUUCAAAAUUACAAAUUUCAUGUUAUUAAUUUUUAUAUUACUUUAGGCCGUUUGAUGAACUGGGCCCGCAAAUUCUGCUGGACUUACGGCUGGGGAGGUCGUCAGUAUGGUCUUCUAUACCACGACCAAAUGUUUGAGCCAGCUCCAGAAGUGAAAGAAGCUUUGAGAAGGUUGAGUUUGAAAGAGCCUUGGGAGUACGACCAGCGCAAGAUCAGAUUGACUCGUGGCCACAACUUGGCUAUGAACAACGAGGUGCUACCAAAGGAUAAGUGGACCAAAUGGGAUGAGGUAUGGGUUUUUACAAGUUUUUAGUUUGGUUUUUAGGUAAAAUUAUAAGGAUGGAAGAAGAGUUUGACGAAGCUGUGAUAUUGAGUAUAUCGUAGUAGAUAUAAGAUGGCAACUGCUUUUUAGUGUAACUUUUUUGAAAAGAGUGACAGGGCUUUGAAUCUUUUCAUGAAAGAACCUAAUGCUGUCUGUCAACCAAUCCGGCUUUGAUCUCUUUUCAGGAGUCCUUCUACUUGAAACCUUAUCUGGACGAGAUUGAAGCCGAGAAGAACGAAAGAGUCGAGUCUUCUGGAUACGCUCCUGGAUACGAAGCCAAGGAUCAUUAG